AUGGACAUGAGCCAGCAGUGUGAUGCUGCAGCAAAGAAGGAAUCUGGAAGCAGAACUAAUUCAGAUAUAGAUGGAAUGUCCAAUGAUGACAUCAUUAAAGAACUUGAUCACAUAUUCAAGAAUGUGAGCCGGUUUACAGACCCUGCGGCCAAGGUAUUUCUCAAAGCCAGGGUGCGGGAAGUCGAAGCCUUUGCCUGCCUGCUGCAAGAAAAAGAGCUACUGCAAAAACAAGAAUCCCAAGAGGUGGCCCAGCUCAAGGCUGAGAAUGAGCGUCUGCAGCAAGAGCUUGAGGAGGCCAAGAGGAGCCAGAAGACAGGAAACCUACCUUUUACGCUUCCAUGGUCUAAAACAGAUUUCUGUAUCCAGGUGCUUGACACUGGGAAGACACUGGGUGGCUGUGAAAAGCAGUUCGUAAAGAAGGUCUCUGACCACCUUUCCGAUCAUCACAUCAACCUCAAGCCAGAGAGGUACCGAGAGGACUCUGGCCACUUCCUGCUGGUCUUCUGCCCAGCGGCUUCCUCAGUGGGCAGCGACAUGGACAACGCUCUCAAGGGUCUGAGCAGUGAGCCAAAGGCCGUCUUGGUGAUGUUGCAUCACAAACUGAAGGAGAUCAUCACCCCUGUGGAUACCAGGAAGCAGGUGCAUCACCCGGCCAUUGUGCACACUGUCCACGCUUGCUAUUCCCCCAAAAGUGGCAUCUACACCUGCCAAAUGAAUGAAGAGGCCGUGGCCAUUGUGGCCAAAAUCUUGGAAGACCACUGCAAAGGGAGGAAAGGGGGACUCCACAAUCCCUGGCACUCCGCCCAAGUCUCGGGAUACUGCUAGCUGCUCAGGAUGCUGCUAGCUGCCAGGCUUCUCAUUAUUGGGAGGGCAAGGAUGUUGUUGGCUAUUAUAUUAAUUAUACUAAAAUUAUGAUUUUAUGCUGGGCUCUCUGUAACCACAGAUUCAACCAUCUAUGGCCUGGGAUAUUUCCAGAACAAAUGAAACAUUGGUUUUUACCACUUAAUAUACAGUAUCUUAGGUAGACAACAAUGCCCAGGAUAGGUCUUUUAUAAGGAUAAAGUCUAAUGGGGUCAUUCAUUGCUGGGUUUUGAAUAUUAUGAAUGACCCCAUUAGAAAAAGCAUAAAGAUGUCAAUGUUCCCCAAACCCCACCAGUAUUCAAAGUUGGCCAUAUUGAGUAUGUGUGCCAAGUCUGGCCCAGAUCCAAGUGUUCUUUGGAUGUGGGUGAACGAUACCGUAUAUACUCGAGUAUAAGCCGACCCGAAUAUAAGCCGAGGUGCCUAAUUUUACCGCAAAAAAAAUGGGAAAUCGUAUUAACUUGAGUAUAAGCUGAGGGUGGGAAAAGCAGCAGCUAUGGUCCAAUUUCAAAAUAAAAAAUAGAUCCCAAUGAAAUUAAAUUAAUCAAGGCAUCAGGAGGUGAAAUGUUUUUGAAUUUUACAUUAAACUGUAAUUUAUGUCGAA